AUGGCUAAAACUUCUAAAACUUCUAAGAUUUUCCUCAUAUUCCUCCUAAUAAAUUUAUCUUCAUUUUUCAACCUUUGUUUAUGUGACGAAACCAAGGUUAGCGAUCUCGAUCAGCUUCUUCCUGGUUUUGGACAAUCUGCAGUUUUGCAAAAUGCACAAUGCAUGCAAAAACUGCUUCCAUGUCAACCAUUUUUGAAAUCUCCAAACAAUCCUCCACCAGCAUGUUGUACGCCUUUGAGUGAAAUGGCCAAAGAAGAAUCUGAUUGUCUUUGCAGUUUUCUUAACAAUCCUAAGUUUUUUGUGUCCCUCGAUGUUACUAAGGAUGAAUUGAUGAAGCUUCCUAAUGCUUGUGGUAUUGAUGUUGAUGCCACCAAGUGCGAUGCCUCUGCAGAAAACGGAACCACAUCAUCAACAGCGGCGGCGGCAGCGGCAGCAGGAGGUGAAGACACAACAGGUGAAGACACAACAGAUUCCAGUAGCUCAACAAAAAUGAUUACUCCAUAUGGAAUCACUUAUUUUGGUGUAUCUGGGUUUGUUACAUUGUUGAUUGCUCUAGUAUUUUCUGCAUACUAG